AUGUAUCAGAGUGCGGCAGGCAGGCUGUGCUCGGCGCUGAGAGACGUGCCCGCGCUGUGCGCCUCCUCUCUGCGGCAGCAGCCCCACCACUCCCCGGUGAGGAGGAGGACGCUCUCGCCGUCCGUGCAGGGCAGCUUCGGCUGCUGCCAUAGUCUGGCCGGCUGGCUCGGGGACGGAGCGCCUAAAACGGUUCCCAACACAAACCCAGCGGCAACGGCGACUGUACCGGCAGGAGGAGCAGCGGGGAGUACGGCCAGGACGGUGCCUAGAGCGGUCUGUUCCAUGGGAAACGGUACAAGUCGCCUGUACAGUGCUCUUGCCAAGACUCUUAGCAGCACUGCAGCCAUCCCCCAGCAUCAGGACUACCUGGAACAGUCAGAGAAUGACCAGCUGGAUCCGCUGGACCCCAAGGAUCUUCUGGAGGAAUGCCAGGUUGCCCUACAGGGAAGGCCUCCCCGGCUCCAUAGAGAAUUUGUUCGAAACAGAGAUGAUUUCAGUAGCCCCCAUGCCUUUAGAGUGAUGCAGUGGAAUAUCCUUGCUCAAGCCCUCGGAGAAGGCAAGGACAACUUCAUAAAGUGUCCCAAGGAAGCGCUGAAUUGGGAGGAGAGAGGAAGUAUUUGAUCCUGGAGGAGAUCCUAAUUUAUCGUCCUGAUGUCCUGUGCCUGCAGGAAGUGGAUCACUACUUUGACACUUUCCAGCCAAUACUCAGUAGAUUAGGCUACCAAUGCACUUUUUUAGCAAAGCCGUGGUCCCCCUGCCUUGAUGUUGAGCACAACAAUGGACCUGAUGGCUGUGCCUUGUUCUUUCUGCAGGACCGAUUUCAGCUCAUCAGCAGUGCCAAAUUCAGGCUGUCUGCAAGGACCCUGAAAACCAACCAGGUGGCCAUUGCUGAAAUCCUUCAGUGUAAAGAGACGGGCAGGUUGGUAUGCUUUGCGGUCACCCACCUUAAGGCCCGUACCGGGUGGGAGAGGUUUAGGCUUGCACAGGGCUCUGAUCUCUUGCGGAAUCUUGAAUCGCUCACACAAGGAGCCAAAAUUCCUCUGGUUGUAUGUGGGGACUUCAAUGCAGAACCAACAGAGGAGGUAUACAAGCGGUUUGCUUCCUCAAGCUUGAACCUUAACAGUGCCUACAAAGUGCUCAGUGAGGAUGGAGAGACUGAGCCUCCUUACACCACCUGGAAAAUCCGGCCCACUGGAGAGUCUUGCAAUACUCUAGAUUAUAUUUGGUAUUCCCAGCAUGCUUUGGAAGUGAAUGCAGCCUUGAGUCUGCUUACAGAGGAGGAAAUUGGACCAAACCGGCUCCCAUCUUUUACAUACCCAUCAGAUCACCUUUCACUAAUCUGUGACUUCAGUUUUAAUAUGGACCCAGAUAGGCUGUUAUAG